GUUCAAUUCUUUGAGGUUCGUCGAAAUCGCUUUGACCAUUGCAAAAUCUUACAGUGAUCCACUUGAUGGGGCAAAUUUUAUGCUGACUAUCCAAAAUGCGAUCAAGAGCAACGCCGAGGCAGAAAUUCUUUGUUUUACGGGCAUCGCCGGUUUGUACCUCAAAUCGAGAGAGCCGAACGGUGGCUGUCCGAUGAUCAACAAGGUGAAAACUUUGCUAGAGGAGGCACAGGAGAAGUUGGAUUCUUUGCAAGGAGUCAGCAUUGUUCACAGUGAGUUCUACAAAAUCUCUUCGACGUACUUCCGUGAGAUCGAAGACUACUCUUCUUAUUAUCGAGAAGCGCUGCGUUACCUCGGCUGCGUGGACACGGAUAGCAUGAGUGAAAGCGAAAAGCCUAUCCAAGCGUUUUGCCUCGGCCUGGCGGCUCUGUUGGGUGAGGAUAUUUACAACUUCGGCGAAUUGUUAGCCCAUCCAAUAUUGGAUUCUCUGCAGAAUACUACGGAGAGCUGGCUGGUCGACUUUUUGUUUGCAUUCAAUAGGGGUGAUAUUCAGCGUUUUGAACUUUUACGUCCUUCGUGGUCCAAGCAAGACGACUUGCGUAAUAACACAGUGUUGCUAGAAAGAAAGAUUCGGCUUCUCUGUUUGCUGGAGCUAGCGUUUGCUAGGCCACCGACUGACCGUAAGAUUUCUUUCGAAGAAAUCCGACGCGUAUGUCGAGUGGAUAUGAAAGAAGUCGAACAUCUAUUUAUGAAAGCUCUCUCUAAGGGUCUAAUCAAAGGUUACAUAGACGAAGUUGAGCGCUCAGGGUACGUGUCGUGGGUUCAGCCACGUGUUCUCGAUCGACAGCAGAUUGAGAAGAUGUCGUCCAAAAUUAGUCAGUGGUGCAAGGACGUGGAAAAUGUUGGUCACUUCAUCGAAAAUCGCGCUCAAGAGAUUUUAAUUCAGUGAUC